AGACCCCCCUGAGCUCAGCCCGGAGCAGCGCUGGGGGACCCCCAUCGGCACUGGCCAGACAUGCCCCCCGCCCCACACUCCUUUCCCCCCGGAUAACUUGCCCCUGGGCCGUGCAGGAGCCACGCCCACCCCAGCAGCGCCCCUGGUGGGCUCCCCCGUGCCCGCUGGCCCUGGGCCCUGGGAAGAUGAGCACUAGCCCCCAGGAGGCCCUGAUCUCGGCCUUCCUGCAGUUCAUCGAGGAGCGGGGCAGCCGGGCCUACGGGGCGCUGAGCCAGACCCGCCAGCCGCUGCGCCGCGAGAUGAACCUGCUCUACCGCAGGAGCAAGCUGGAGAGCCAGCAGCACAGGGACGAGGAGCCCAAAAAGGGCUCCGCCAAGGACCCAGGAGCGGGGAAGAUCCGGGACGUGGCCUCCUUCCGCCGCCACUUCCGGAUGGGCUUCAUGACCAUGCCGGCCUGGCAGGAACACGCGCCCCACCCCUGCGCCAGCGGCAUGGCGCCCCGCUCCCUCUCCUGCCACUCGGUGGGCAGCGUGGAGAACGGCGAGGGGGCCGCCGGCGCCAGGAAGCCCCCGGCCAAGCCCAAGCGCCACCCCAGCACCAAGCUCAGCAUGGCAGGCGAGGGGCAGGCAGCAGAGCCGGCAGGCAGCAGGAGAACCGGCCCCCAGAAGUCAUGCUCUGAGAGCCGGGAGCUGGGGCGCAAGGUGCCCCCCCAGAAGCCUAAGCGGAGCCCCAACACCCAGCUGUCUGUUUCCUUCGACGAGACCUACUCCAGUCGCCCCCUGGUGACCCCCACGGGCGGGGGGGCGCCACCGCAGUUUGGCCGGGCCUUCUCCCACGGUCAUGCCAAGGGCUCGGACCCCGAGGAUGAGGAGCCUGUCUAUAUUGAGAUGGUGGGGGACGUUUUCCAGGGCGCUGGGGGCCCCCAGCCACCCCCGGCGGGGGAGGAGGACUCUGACGAGAGUGAGGCGAUCUACGAGGAGAUGAAAUACCCACUGCCCGAGGAGGCCAAUGGCGUGCCCGCCUCCCUCCGCCCGCGCCAGGCGAAGGCGGACAAGGGCAAGACCUCCCCCUGCGACAUCCCCCCGCCUUUCCCCAAUCUGCUCCAGCACCGCCCGCCCUUGCUGGCCUUCCCCCAGGGCCCGGGGCACAAAGGGUACAAAGCGGGCACCCAGGAAGCCUCCAAGCUCCCCGUGCCCUGCCACGCCAAGGAAGCGCCGGCCGCGCCCCAUCCGCCGGGACACUCAGCCCUGGCACCCUCCGGCCGUGCCCGCAGCCACUCCACCCCGCUGCCCCCGCAGCCGGCCGGGCAGCAGAAGGCGGAGAAGGAGCUGCCCAGUUCCCACAGCCUGAUCUGCCCCCCGGCCAAGCCGCUGCCCUCCAUGCUGCCCGUGCCGCAGACGGCCAAGGACAAGCCGGCAGUGUCCUACACCAUGGUGUACUCGGCCGUCAAAGUCACCACCCACUCGGGGCUGCCGGCCGAGCAGAAGACGGAGAAGGAGAUCUCGGUGCUCCACGGCAUGCUGUGUGCCCGGCCGGCCACCGAGCCCGUGGGCAAGCCAGCCCCACGCUCCGCGCCGCCCCUGGGCAUGCUGUGGACUUACCCGGCCCCCUGCGGGGGGAUGAAACGCCCACCGGCCUACGAGAGCGUCAAGGGGGCCGGGGCCAAGGCCGCGGCGGUGCCGCCCGUGGUGAAGUUCCAGCUGCAGGACCGCGGGGCCUUCGCCAGCAUCGCCUGCUCCCACGUGGUGGCUGGCGCCGACGAGGAGACACUGAGCAUGGGGUGGGCACUGCAGCGGAAGGGUCUCUACGCCAACUGGAAAGGCAAGGAGCCGGAGAAGCCCACCGAGGGCACCCGGGUCUGGAACGGCAGCGGUGAGGCACAGCUAAAGCCGGAGAGGGAGGAGAAAGCCCUGGCGGGGCCCUCGCUGUCGGGGAUACCUGUCCGGGCCCCGGGCCCCGAGGGAAUGGUGCCCAAGAUGCCGGGCUGCCGAACGGGGCUGCCUGUGCCAUGCCAGACCUUCCCUGCCUGCCACCGCAAUGGAGACCUCACCGGGGGUUACCGCCUGGGCCGGUCAGCUUCCACCUCCGGGGUGCGACACACCGUGAUUCACACGCAGAGGCCAUGCAGCCACCCCAAAGACACAGCCAGUCUGGGCCUGCUGCCCCUGCCCGGGGUGGCGCCGGGCGCCCAGGAGCGGGACGGGAAGCUGCUGGAGGUGAUCGAGCGCAAGCGCUGUCUCUGCAAGGAGAUCAAAGCCCGCCACCGGCCCGAGCGCAGCCUCUGCAAGCAGGAGAGCAUGCCCAUCCUCCCCAGCUGGCGCCGCACCACGGACAGCCGCAAGGCGGGCACACCGCCCUGCCGGCGCCAGCACACGGUCCUGUGGGACACGGCCAUAUGACGCCGGGGGCACGGCCGCACGCCCACCGCGCUGCCUUGGGCCAGCCAGGGACAGGAGCCCCCCGCGGCCAGGGACGGGCGGAGGGGGUGAAUUGCUGGCCGUUGACCCCUCCGCUCUCCUGGCGGGGGCCCAUCCCACUGCGCCCCUGGCUAGAAGGAGCCAGUUGGCCGGGCCAGGGAUGCUGGACUGCGAGCGAGGCCUGGAUCGGAGGUGAAGCGGGGGGAGGACACCCAGAGGUGAUGAACCAGUGCCCCCUUUCUGCUGCCCCUGGACCGGAUCUGGGGUGGGGGUACAACCAGGUGUUACCGGUGCCAGGCGCACCCACACCGCUGCCUUGCCAUCAUCAUAAGGGGAAGAGGGUCAAGAUGGGGGGGGGGGAAAUCAAAGCUCUCCAGGGGAGGUUACAGAACAAAACUGACCCCCCUCCGGCUGCCCCACAGACUCCCCAGCGCCUCCUCUCUGGCCCCACAAUGUCCUUCACAGCCGCCAUGUCCCGUUAGCAUUUUUAGACAGACGGCUGGACCGACUUGGGACGCUGGCACGCUCUCCGGACCCCAACCGCCAGGAUGCCUGGGUUCUCCCGCCCCCUUGACAUAUUUAAUUCACUCGCCAGGGGAUGGAAGGCUGUCUCAAGUGUAAUGAGAUGAUGAAACUGCUUUGCAAAAUAUUUAUGCUGGGGCGGGGCUCGGGAGGGGGUAAUUUAUAUAGAGAAAUAAAGCAUA